CUCAGCUGCAUCGGAUCCGGGGAGCGCGCGGGGCCGGCCAUGGGCAAGUCAGCUUCCAAGCAGUUCAACAGUGACAUCCUAAGCGCCCACAACGAGUACCGGCAUAAGCAUGGGGUCCCCCCACUGAAGCUCUGCAAGAAACUCAACCGGGAGGCACAGCAGUACGCGGAGGCCCUGGCAAGUACAAGGAUCCUGAAGCACAGCCCUGAAUCCAGCCGGGGCCAGUGUGGAGAGAACCUGGCGUGGGCGUCCUAUGAUCAGCCAGGGAAGGAGGUGGCUGAGAGGUGGUACAGUGAAAUCAAGAACUACAACUUUCAGCAACCUGGCUUCACCUCUGGGACUGGACACUUCACGGCUAUGGUGUGGAAGAACACGAAGAAAAUGGGUGUAGGGAAGGCCUCUGCCAGCGACGGCUCAUCUUUUGUGGUGGCCAGAUAUUUUCCAGCUGGAAAUGUUGUGAAUGAGGGCUACUUUGAAGAAAAUGUUCUGCCACCGAAGAAGUAGGUGGCCACGUGAAAUAGGAAGGUGCUAGACUUGAGAAUGUGCUUAAAACCACCAAACUCAGCUGCGUCUCCCUUUGUGUGGGGGAGGUGUGCUUGAGCAUGGGCAUUGGGU